GGAAUUUGGUAGAAGUGAAGUGUCAUCCGAAUAUUGUUGAUAAACAAAGGAAAAGCGAGGGAAAUAAAUGUUAAAUUUAAGUAGUUAUAAAUACAGUACAUUUAGAGAUUUAGAUUUCCUAAUUUUGCUGUACUUCAAAAAAAUUAACUAUUUCGUCUUUAGUAAAGCUUCAAUAUCCGAUUUUUACAUAUAUAAUCUAUAAGUUCAUUUAAGUCAUCCGUUCAUUGUAACUAUUUCUGCUUAGUGUAAAUUUUCAAAAAUGAUUAACUGGACAUCAGAUUAUUACAAUGAAAACAAAAGUGAUUGCCAAAAAAUAUUAAAGACUCCAGAAAAUUGGGAAAAGGUUCCUCUAUUAUUUGAUCAUCAGAUGCCAAAAGGAUCAUUAGUUCGUUUUAAAGGAAUGAUACAAGAUAUGUUAAAUCCUGAAUAUUAUAGUAAAACAUUUUCUAUUUCAAACUCAAUGACAAAUGAAACUAGAGUUUUUCAAGGGAAGUUUCAUUGUUCUAUAUCUAAUUUGAAGCCCGAAGAAGAAAUUAAUUUUGAUGAUGUAUUAUUGGAGAGGCAUAUUGUUGCUUGUAUUCCUAUUCCUGGACUGAAUAGCUGGGUAAAAAAUGUCGAAAAUUUAAAUGACAUUGAUAAAUCUCAACUAGAGGGAAAUUUUCCAAAACGUUUUUGUUUUGAUCCAUCUUUUCAAAACAAUAAGAAAGAAGUUAUCGUUUUUGUUUAUCCUGAAGACACAGAUUCUAACUUUCUUAAGGUCAAUCAUAUUAUAGAUAUAGUUGGAUUUCUUGAUUUAAGGUCCUUACAAUAUGGAAAAGAUGAAUAUCAAGAAAAGUCGCAUGAUCUGGAAGAACAAUAUUGCAUUCAUGCUUUACAUAUUAAAUUUCAACCCAUUUCUAUAUUUUGUAAAAAUCAAAUAAGCAAUGAAAGUAUUUGGAAAGAGGCAUCAAGCAUUCAUAAUGAAUUGAAACUUAUUUUAACUCAAGCUUUGUUAGGAGACUCGUUAGCUGCUGAUUAUUUAAUAUUUAAUCUUAUUUCUACUAUUUACAACAGACAAAAUAAUCAAGUUCCUGGAAAAUUUUCAUUGAAUAUCCAUGGUAUUCCUAAAAAUGCUGGAAACAAUUACAUAAAUAAAUUGUAUUCAUUAAUUUCAUUAUUGGUAGAAAAAAGUGAAUAUUUGUCAAUUACUAUACAAAAUAUGAAUAAUAUCAACAUGAUACCUCGCAAAUGUUAUAUAAAAAAUAGACUAAUAAAUGGUUUAUUACAAUUGUCAAAGAGAACUCAUUUAAUUAUAGAUGAGACUAAUUUAGAACCUGGAAAACUGGAAAAUAAAGGAAUGUUAAAUCUUCAAGCUUUGAACGAUAUUAUUUGUAAUCAGCAAAUUAAAUAUGAUUUUACCUACUAUACAAUUGAUUAUGAAACUGAAAUUUCAGUGUUAACAUUAUCCAUUGGAAAGUCAUUAUUACCAUAUGAUGUUAAUAUUUUGCUAAAACCAGACCCAUCUUGUAUUGAAAAUAUCAAAGAAACAGUUGAUUCAGCUAUAAAUUAUUUAAAUUCUCAAUAUUUACUUUUGGAAAAGUUAAGAAAGUAUAUAGGAAUAAUAACUUCUAAUACAUUCAACUAUAGUGAAGAUAUUUUAAAAGUAAUAGAAAAUGAUUAUGUAAAUAUGCGUAAAAUUGAUCCCAAAAAUGUUUCAGCAGAUGAUUUACAUCGCUACAUGGUUAUAUCAAAAUUAAUCGCACUAAGUUCUGGAGAAAAUGAUUUGAACAUAGAUAUCUGGGAAAAAUGUAAAGGACUUGAAGCAGAGCGUAAACUAAGAAACUAAUAACCUUAAAUUUCAAUUUCUGAAAUUAUUCAUAUUUUAUAUGUAAUAUUUAUUUAAAUAAAUCAAUUUUUUUUAUA